AUCAAACUCUCGUUUGAAACGAGAAUUGGCAGUGUUGACAUUUCUAAAGGAGCAGGAAGAUGAUUUCUAACGACGGUCCAGUAGUAGGUGGAACGUCCAAUGUUCGGAUGAUCAUAUCCGUUUUGAUAAUUGUAGGAUGUUUUACUGUGAUAUACCCUCGCUUUUUCCACCCAGUAGUAUUGAAAGUGCUUGGGAUAGCACCGGAACCCUCAGUCAAACGUCAACCAGAAUACCCACCUCACAGAAACUUUGGUGACCAAGGUCCCUCAAGCAAGACUGUUCCAGAUGACAUGAAACGACACAUGAGGCCUGGACCUCAUCCUGGCAUGCGAGCCUCAGCAGAAAUGAACAACCAGAAACAUGCGAGCGGUGGUCGGGGCGGUAUCAUGGGAAUGGUCCUGCCUAUGUAUGCUGUGGGCAUCGUGGUGUACCUCAUCUACACUCUCUUUAAGGUGUUUAAUAAGCAAGGUAAGGGGGAUAUCCGUCGACGACAGCAGGCAGAACAGCAAAGGCGAGGACUCGCAUACAGUGGUGAGCUAGGAAGUGGGGAGCGGAAUACCCAGCCUGGACGGGAGCCCACACCCCUGGGUGAAUUCUACGGAGAGUCUCCUGAGGAGAAACUGGCAAAUAUUGAGGAUGUACUGAACAAAGCCGAGGACAAACACAUCAAUGAGAAACAGAUGCAAGAUUUGCAAAGUCGUCUACAGGAGACGGAGAAACAAAUGGCUAACAUUCUGAAGGCCAUGAAUACUGUGUCCACCAAGGUAGUAGAGACCACGACUGAGGGACAGACCAACAAAAUCAGGGAAAAGGACAACAAAUCCAGUGACUCCAGUCCAGACAUCAGCAGCUACGAGGUGAUUGACAAAUCAAAGGGAGAUAAAUCUAAGAGCUCCUCCCCCGAGGUGGAUACACUGACUGCAGGGGAAAUGGUCAAGGAGGAGGAAGGAGAGAAGGCCGGUGGACAGGCAGAGAAACCAGAGGGUGAGAGUGAGGAAAAGAAAGAAAAGGACGAGGCAGAGAAACCAGAAGGUGAGAGUGAGGAAAAGAAAGAAAGGGACGAGGCAGAGAUAGAAGAAGUGCUUUUGGAGGAUAAGAAGGAUGAAGAGGAGGAAGAAGGAGAGUCAAGUGUGCGGAAGAGGAAGACCCACCCUGUAUCUGACUGAGGCAUUGAUCAUCGCCUUGUAGACUGAUCUCAUUCUGAAUCUCUCUAAACUCAUACACAAGCUUGAGUAUACUGAAAAACAGGUUUUUGUUCUUGUCAGUUAUGAAAGUGAUGUAUGAGACAUGGCUGAACUAUGGUUGAUCAUUAGUUUAUCAGGCGUUUAUAAUUUGAUCAACCGUACUUGUAAACUGAUAUUUUUUUGACAUCUUGGUACUGGAAUAAAGGACACACCUAUUGCCAAUUUGGUAUCAUCUGAACAUUGUUUAAGUCAUGAAGUUUUUAGAUAAAAACAAAAAGAGACAAAAGUCCAGUUUCCUACAUGUAUGGAGUCUUGUAAUAUUUUUUAAUCAAAAUGGAUCAAAUGCAAAACUAGUCAAUGUAUAGCAUUACAAUUAUAGACAUUCCUCUUGAUCACCAGAUAUGAUUCAAAUGUAAUAAGUCGAUCAUAAACUACUGGAUGUAGCUUGAGUUUCUCUUCUAUGAUAAGUGUGUAAGAUGAACCUACUGUGUUAGAACCUAUGUAAUGAUGAAACACGUCCUACAAUUUUACUUCUUUGGACAUUGUCAUACUCAUAAAUUGUUCCACUAAAGUGUAAAUUAAGCUAUCAACAUAAUACUUAUAUCACCAGAUCUGAUAUUCUUUUUAUUAAGAUUCUGAUAUUGUUUUAUCAUAUUUAAAUGAUAGAUGCACAAUCGACCUCAGAAAAAUUUAACCUAUUAUCAUUUUUUUAUGUAAAUGAUUUUAAAGAGCUAAGGAACUAAAUUAUUUCCAUUAAUAUUAAAUUUAAUCUGUUUCUGAAAAUUUAUUGGUUUGGUUUGUCAAAAUUUAAAUUGACAGAAUUAUUUCAUGAUCAAAUCAGAUUAUAAAUAUUAAUUCCCUGAAUAUCCUGUAAAAAAAUAUUUAUCGUCACUAUCAUUUCUCAUUAAUUGGAGAUGGUCAGGGUUUGUUUUUCUCAUUUUUGUUUUUUAAAAGUGUUUUACACAAAAGCCAAUAAAACAGGGACAAUUUUUAUUUUAUGUAUUCCCAUAUGUGUUAGAUUUGUAAUAGUGACAAAAUCUGAUAAUAAGAUUUUGAUAAUGUUUUGAUAGGAAAUAUUGAGGACUCCUCAAAACAUAACAUGUUAUCAAAAGAAUCUCCGACCAAGGACAAGUGAUUUAUGUUGAUUUCAGAAAUAUUACAUUUGAAUAUGUAUUUCCUUUUUACACUGCUAUUUAGUCCCAGUAUAUAACUAUAUACUAUAGCUGAUGGGAGACAGGAAUCAUUAAAAGUGCUCCGACACUGCUAUAUAGUCCCAGUAUAUAACUAUAUACUAUAGCUGAUGGGAGACAGGAAUCAUUAAAAGUGCUCCGACACUGUUAUGCAAUAUCUUGUAUUCUGAACACUGACCUGUGAUAUUAUGUGUUCCCCAUCAAUAUUUUACUUUCCCCUUACUCCCAUUGUUUUCAGUGGUACACUUACAACUUUUAACUUGUACAGAUAUUAUAUUUUCAUGAGAUUAGUCAUUUUGAAGAACGUAUUUGAUGAGACUGGAAGUUAUAACAUUCUUAUACAUUGUAUUUAAAACAUUUUCCUUAUCAUUAUAAUUAGGGCUUUGGUAACAUAUUAGAAGUUUGGUUACAAAGAAACUUUUAGAUUUAACAAAUAUGUUUAUGUAAAUUCAGUGCUUAUAUGCUUAAUAUAUCCAUUAUGAAUGUUGCCAAACCCUCAGUCCAUAUUAUAGGUGAGUCUGAGGCCACGGCUACUGUUACAUGUUGUAUGGAUACUCAGUCCAUAUUAUAGGUCAGUCUGAGGCCACGGCUACUGUUACAUGUUGUAUGGAUACUCAGUCCAUAUUAUAGGUCAGUCUGAGGCCACGGCUACUGUUACAUGUUGUAUGGAUACUCAGUCCAUAUUAUAGGUCAGUCUGAGGCCACGGCUACUGUUACAUGUUGUAUGGAUACUCAGUCCAUAUUAUAGGUCAGUCUGAGGCCACGGCUACUGUUACAUGUUGUAUGGAUACUCAGUCCAUAUUAUAGGUCAGUCUGAGGCCACGGCUACUGUUACAUGUUGUAUGGAUACUCAGUCCAUAUUAUAGGUCAGUCUGAGGCCACGGCUACUGUUACAUGUUGUAUGGAUACUCAGUCCAUAUUAUAGGUCAGUCUGAGGCCACGGCUACUGUUACAUGUUGUAUGGAUACUCAGUCCAUAUUAUAGGUCAGUCUGAGGCCACGGCUACUGUUACAUGUUGUAUGGAUACUCAGUCCAUAUUAUAGGUCAGUCUGAGGCCACGGCUACUGUUACAUGUUGUAUGGAUACUCAGUCCAUAUUAUAGGUCAGUCUGAGGCCACGGCUACUGUUACAUGUUGUAUGGAUACUCAGUCCAUAUUAUAGGUCAGUCUGAGGCCACGGCUACUGUUACAUGUUGUAUGGAUACUCAGUCCAUAUUAUAGGUCAGUCUGAGGCCACGGCUACUGUUACAUGUUGUAUGGAUACUCAGUCCAUAUUAUAGGUCAGUCUGAGGCCACGGCUACUGUUACAUGUUGUAUGGAUACUCAGUCCAUAUUAUAGGUCAGUCUGAGGCCACGGCUACUGUUACAUGUUGUAUGGAUACUCAGUCCAUAUUAUAGGUCAGUCUGAGGCCACGGCUACUGUUACAUGUUGUAUGGAUACUCAGUCCAUAUUAUAGGUCAGUCUGAGGCCACGGCUACUGUUACAUGUUGUAUGGAUACUCAGUCCAUAUUAUAGGUCAGUCUGAGGCCACGGCUACUGUUACAUGUUGUAUGGAUACUCAGUCCAUAUUAUAGGUCAGUCUGAGGCCACGGCUACUGUUACAUGUUGUAUGGAUACUCAGUCCAUAUUAUAGGUCAGUCUGAGGCCACGGCUACUGUUACAUGUUGUAUGGAUACUCAGUCCAUAUUAUAGGUCAGUCUGAGGCCACGGCUACUGUUACAUGUUGUAUGGAUACUCAGUCCAUAUUAUAGGUCAGUCUGAGGCCACGGCUACUGUUACAUGUUGUAUGGAUACUCAGUCCAUAUUAUAGGUCAGUCUGAGGCCACGGCUACUGUUACAUGUUGUAUGGAUACUCAGUCCAUAUUAUAGGUCAGUCUGAGGCCACGGCUACUGUUACAUGUUGUAUGGAUACUCAGUCCAUAUUAUAGGUGAGUCCGAGGCCCCUGGCUACUGUUACAUGUUGUAUGGAUACUCAGUCCAUAUUAUAGGUGAGUCUGAGGCCACCGGCUACUGUAGGUUUGACAAAUGCUGUGUUAGCUAACAUUUCUUGUUAUUGUGUUGUAGUUGAUAAAACCCAAAAAAUGUUUAUAAUUUGUGGUCCACCCUUAGUAUUGUUUAAAUUGGAAAAAGACGACCAUGACAGAUUAUUGCUUGUACUUUUACAUGGGAGUUAGUUACAAAACAUCAGUUUUUAUUGGGACAUGAAUUAAUUGGGUGUCCUUUCCAACUUUUCUGCAAAGAUGAAGCAGAUGCAUUUCUGCUUUACAGCAUUACCAUUGCUGAAAUGAGUAAAGAAAACAAUCAUUUUCUGUUUUUAACUUACAACAAAGAAGUUUUUAAACCAAUUCUAAAAUUCUAAUAUUGUUUAAUAUCUGUAAGAAUCAGUUAAUUUACAGGAGUAAAUUACAUCUCAGAUUUAACUCAUAAUAUUAGAUAUUGAUUACAACAGUAACAUUCUGAGAAGUUAACAGGCGGCAAUAGCUGGUUCAUUUGACAACUUUUGGUGUGAAAGUAUUUCUUGACAAAUAUCUCAAAAUAUUAGUUAUGUGAAGAGUAAUCUUUGUAUGACUAAUAUUAAUUAUCUAGCUUUUAAUCAACUUUAUUGAGAUAAGUAAUUAUUAUUGUCAACUGAUUAUCAAUGUUCCAGGAACAAUAAUUGGAGGGAACUCAUUCUGCCUAGAAUGAU